CGCUCAUUCCCUUCCCAACGAAAUGCACCUUCGCAUCGUCCUUACCCAAACCUUUUCUGACAAUAGCCUUCAUUUUCUCGGCUUCCUCCUCAGGCAAUGCUUCAACAGGUGUGUUAGCGAGAGAGACCUCGAUUUUGUCUUCGACCUUUCGCGCGGAAAUAUUCUGCCCAUGCUGGACACCCUGAAAAUGGAGUGUCUGAACAGAUGGAGGUACGAGUUCUGCAGAGAAUAUGGCUCCUGCAGCGGCAAGGGAUCCGUGUCCGCAAACGGGUGCUUCUGUCGUAGCAGUGAACCAGCGAACAUGGAAAGUUCGUUCAGAGGGGGAUUCCUGUUCAAAUUCCUGCUCAUGUUCUGCUCCAUCCGCUACCGAAUUCGAAGGACUUCAGUCGACAAGUCCUCUUGGAGGAACACAAUGGCCGCAGGAUUCCCUCCGGAGAAGCUAUCUGUGAACGCAUUGACUAUCAUAAAAGGGAACGCAAUGCCUGAACUGGCUGGGAAUAUACCACAGUCGCGUUAGGGGGACGAAACGUGCGCGGGUAGCUAUCUUUAAUAUACUCUGACAUCUAAACUAGACCCGAGACGUUCUGGCUUGAUGUACAGGGGAUUGGUGGUGGGCGCGGGAAUCCGAAGCAUUAAUAUUACUCAGUUCGUUCAGGUCGAAGAGUCAAGUGCACCACAAGACCAGCACAAGCUUCUGGCAGUGGUAUGUGUCCGCGGAUAGAUGUAACGAUUAAGGGUACAACUCUCCAACCAACGACUUGCGUAUCUGUUCCCUAUCGCUCUCAUACCCUUCAACGAGAUACCUGACACCUUCAGCAAUGACUUCUCUCGUCUUCUCCUUCCCUUCCCAAGCUACUCGGGGACACCAUGUAACCAAAUGAGCACCGACAUGGAUCAGGGCGAUCUUCGGAAUAUCACCCUCCCUUAUAG